UCGAAUAAACUUAAAAGCAAUUAGUGAAAUGUGCUCGGUGCAUCCUCUGACGUCAGAGGCGAAGAAUUGAAGUGUUGAAUGGGUUCCUGGCCGAUCCUGGCGGAGGAAGAAAGAUCCGUCACGAACACCGCGCUCCUGGAACCGGGAGAAUCUUCCGACCAGGAGCAACAGGAUCCCCAAGAGGAUGAUCCUUAUGAAUACGAUGAAGACAUCAGACCUCCAAACGGGGAUACGGAAAACGGUGGUGGUUUCUCGAAUGAGAAUUGUCCCAGCUCUUCUCGGGUACCUGCACAUUGCUGGGGAUGCACCGGUUGCACUGGAUUACAUACACCGAUUUUUCUGUUGGCCUCCUCUCCGACGGAGCCAUCUUGUACCUGCAUUUCCUGUCAGUAAUAUUCUAAUUGUCGCCGAUUAAAAUGGCUUUCAGCUUCUUUUGUUUCCUUUUAUUCCGUUCUACCCGAGCUUUUGAAUCGGUCUAACAAAUCGGUCUGGUCGAAGGAAACUGCUAUAUCGAGUAUGACAAUGUGUCGACUUCGUCAAGAAUCGCGUUGUAAGAUUCCUACACGUAGUAUUUCGAUGAAUAUAUUAGAGGCUAUUUAAAGUGCGCCUCUCGUAUUGACUGUAGAAUUUGCAAAAACAUACGUCACCUCGGCCUAUUCUCAGAAACACCGAAACUUAUUUGCGUGCCGUGCCCGCGGUUCAAUUUCUUCUUUUACCGCACGGUCCUGACCUUGUGCGCUUACGCCCCACGAUGAAAGGGUGAAAGACCACAUAUUCAGGCCGUUUUACCACACGUACGUGAUACUGAAAACAUUCAAAGCCUCUCUUCUAAUUUUAGAUACCGUUCCGAGACUCUUGUCACUCCAUAACCUCUUAUUCGAAAAUCUCUUGACUAUUUCGUACGAUUAAAUAUACAUUACACAACAUUCUAACGGUACUUGCAAUCCUUUUUGUCACUUGAAGUAAUGUGGAGGAGCGAAAAAAUUUUUCCCGUUAGGUACGAUGACUGAAUGUUUGAAGCAAAACCAGGACGAUAUAAAAAAGUUUUAUGUUGCAAUGCUAAUAAAAUUUUAAUCUUUAUUUUUUAUUAUAAUGUAAUCCCAGUUCUUAUUAUAUGGCAUUUUGUUGUUCGUUUUGUACAUUUUUAAAUCACAGGCAACGUUGGUUAACGCACGCUUUUUUAAUUGUAGCCUAGUAACGUUGGUCGAGAAUCACCGCUUUAUUUUUAAUCUCAAGCACAAAAAAUUGAUCAAAAUGCAGAAGUGAACGCACCUGUUUCUUGAAUUUGAUAGAGUCAGACAGAAACGAGUGGUGCAUAAGAUUGUAUAAUAUUUUGUAAAUUACUGUAAGGGGUAUGUAACAAUUGUAUACAAUUUGCAAUCAACGUUGUACCAUUUAUUAGCAUUUGUUCGAGAGUUUCAUUUAGUGUCGAUAUUUAUAUUAUAAGGUUGUACGUGAACAUUCUCUCAAAUAAUUAUACCUAUCUCUAGUUAAGAAGGACUUUCAAGAGAAAUGUAAUACUUACCGUCUCUGACACUUUAUACCUUCUCGAGUACCUCGUAUUAUCAACAUGCAUGGUAUCGGUCACAUAAAAGUAUAUAAUAACAGACAAAUCCAGUGUUGUCUACUGACAGUAUAAAUGAAACAAUAUAAUAUUUUGUCUGU